GAACAAUAGGAGAUAACAAACAUUGAUAAAUGUUGCAACCAAGAUCAAAAGAGCAUGAAAUUGUGCAAUCAAAGUAGUUGAUAAUUGGCAUAUUCAAAAAUAGGUCCUCUGGCUUGUAUCCAUAACAGUGAUGGUAGGAAUAGAAUAAGACUUGAAAUUGCAGCUCUAAAAUCUGCAUCAAUUGCAAAUGGAUACUUUUUGUUAUGUAUAACGUCUUAUUGCACUAAUGUCCCAAAGGAAAAGAGGAUUUUUGUCUUCCAAGUAUAUAGGAACAUGUAGGAAGCAUGUGGUUAGCACAUUCCUGACUUGAGCCAUGUAAUCUUGUUAAGAAGUUUACGCAUUUGUGUAUACAGCUAUUUGUUAAUUUAUUUCACUAUUGAACCUGAAGUAACAAAUCUCUAAGACGCCAAGACUGAAAUGUAUUCUUAAUGACUUAGGAAUGAAAUGUUUUGACAGUUCCUUGGCACAGGUUUAUAUCAUAGUGGUGCAUAAAAUGCAUGCCGAGUUGAACAUUUCAAGACUUAAACAACUUACAGUCAUCUAGGUGUGUUAUACAUGAACAGUAAUGGUAAUUUAAUUCUCAAAUUUGAUGUAUUUAUAACAUUUGAUUUAAGUUUAUGUGUUACUUUUUAUUCCAUUUGUUUCUUGGAGUCACAGAAUAUCAGUAAGGUCAUCGCUUUUCUUCGCAUGUCUCAACUGGAUUGAGUUGCACGAUAAACUGUUGGCAAUUUGUCGGUGACUAUCUCUUACCUCUCCUACCUGCUUAUGAUUUAUGUUUUAAAAUUUUUUCCUAUAUUUGGACUUUUCUGGUUGCCCUUUAACUUCUCACUUAGACCUCUGUAACUAAUCCACCAGUAAUAGGAGAACAUUGAUUUAAACAGAUUUUGGUAAUUACGUCUAAUGCAUUAAAUGGGAGUGACCAGGAUCAAAUGACACAAAUUUUGUAAAAGAUGGUAAACACUCUUUAAUUGAAUGCUUGUUGAGUGAUAUGAUGCAAAUUUGGAACAUUUUUACUUCUGAUCUUGCUAUGAAGCUACAUUUCAGGAGAAGGACACUGUUAGGAGGGUUCUUCUUUCCAGUGGAGGAAAUUUAUUUCAUAAAAAAUUAUGAUCAGGGAAAUGUGUUACUAACCAAACUUGUUUCAUUUGUUAGAUUCAGCUAAUUUAUCAAAAUCAGCCUUGAAGAACAAGAAAAGGGCAGAGAAACGAUCAAAAGCUCGAAUAGACCAGAUUAAAGAAAAUGGUGGCAUUCUAGAAGCAAUGCAAAUGAAGGAUCCGGUCGAUCUUUUGAGAGAACAACUGCAGGAAGCAAAGAACAACAAGGUAUAAAAUGUGAAGACAUUAUGAUGUACCCAGGGUUGUCAGGCUAUGUGUAGGCAAGGGCUCUGGCAUCCGUCGAAAUUACAAAUAGCUGGGGCAAUUUUUAGAGUCGAUGAUGAUAUGUGCCAGUUGCUAGCUUAUUUUGACAACCCCGUACAACCAUUCUCUUUGGGAUAUUCUUGGAAAUAUUUUUGGUACAGACAAAACAAAAAUUUGGAUCUCAAAAUUAUCAGUGGCAAAGAAAAGAAUUCUUUCUUUGGUUAUCACAGCACCAAAUGACAAGAGAGCUGAUUCCCCAUGACUUCUGAAAUGUGUUAUCUAAGCUGGGUAAAGUUCAUGAGUGGGGUUAAUUUGGAGGGGCUAGAAGCUAGCAACUGAGUAUGUUAAUAAAAGUAAUAACAUGAUUUCAAGUGCAAUUUGGGUGUUAAUAAGCAUAGGUAAAUUUUCUAAGACUACAAAAUUACACGAGUCCUCAGGGCAAGUGCAAUUUGUAGUCUUUGAAGUAUUUAGAAAUGCUUAUUACACCAAAUUGCACGAGAAAUCAUGUUGUUACUUGUUAAUAAUGUACAUCAAAAAGCAUGACAAAGUCAAGACAGACAUAAAUUUUGAUGUAUGUACCAUUUAUAAUAUGCACUCGUGUUACAACUUUGCACUCAUGUUAUGCAAGAAAGCACUAGUUUUCAGCCAAUCAGAAGUCCAUAAUUUUUUCAUGUCUAUUUUAAGCAAAUUGACACUGUUUAGCUGGACAAAACAAAAAUGAAAGUUUAGAGCUAUGGUGAUAAUACAUUACGUUCUUCAACACAAUACAACUACCAAGGAAUUUCCAAUCCUUACUUAGCGUAGCGACUCCGUUUCAAACAUUUUGUCGUGGAUUAGCUAGUGACCCUAAAAGCCUGUCAGGCAUUACUGUGUAAACAUGAAAGGAAUCCAACACAAUUCUUUCAUGAUCCACUUACAUAAAAUGACCUUCGUGACUAAAAACAAAAUCAAUAGUGCAUAAAUGUGUGUCAUCUUUUGACUUUUGUUGGAGGUCAAAGGAGAGUUUGUAUAGUUCAUGCAAUUAAUUUGAUCUCUUGACUUAACCACUACAAGUAAAAAAUAUCCUAAAGUGGGAGGUUAAGUCUUCUUCCUCUAAAAUUCUUAGAGUGGCCAUGUGCCUGCUUGGCUAAUAUUGUACUUGUCAAAUACUGUUCUUGUUGAACUAGCACCUUUUAAAAUAAGUGAAAAUUGUUUAACCAGAAGCUUACGAAAAAUUUACCAAGAAAUAAGCCUCUUCCGAUUUACUGAUGUUUAGUCCAAAAUGAAAGGAUUUUAAUUAGAUUCUUAAAUAACCUUGGACUGAUUGGAUGAAGUAGAUCUUGCUCUCUUUUAAUUAGUUAAAGAUAGACUCUGUUGACCAUUGUUAUCUCACGGAAUUUUUUAUGGAAACAUAGAAUGCUUGAACCAAUUUGUACCUUCUUACAUUCGAAAUGUGUUUUUCUUCUAUAGCCAGCAUCUUUUUUUUAAAGAAAAAAUUGAUUUCAAGCUUGGAUUUGAUGUCUUCAGGAAAAAGUGAAACCUUCACAGUUAUUGAAUAUGUGAUUCCUCUAAACAUUUGAUGAUACUAAUGUAGACGUAGAAAUUGCGAUGAUUACUAACUACCACAAUUUUUUAAGGUUUUCAUUUGUGGUCUAGAAAGUUAUAACACAUCAUACUUCGGAUUGGAAGAGAAUGGUUCUAUAAACAACUCUCCUUGAAUAGAACAAUCUUUAGGUCUUUAGGUGUGUCCAAAGACCACUUAGUUUGCUUGAAAUCUAAGUUAGAAAAACUUGGGUUCUAGAAAUCUGAAAAAAGGCAAAUACUUGUCUUAUGUAAUCAGGCUGUUGAUUCUGGUCUUAUGUAAUCAGGCUGUUGAUUCCUUACAUAGAAAACAUCGGCAAUCAAGGGAAAAAUUGGUCCUUACAUGAAACAAUCAAACCACCGCCCUGAGUGUAUUUCGCCAAUUUGUUUGUCAACUGAAAUGUAUCAUGUUUUACUUACAUAGGAUCAUAAACUUGCAGCCAGGUUACGUCAACAGUUGUGGAUAGCCCAGGACAGUGCAGCUGGUGUCAGGUGAGAUGCGAAUGGAUACUUAAAUGAAGAGUGUUGACUUCAUACUGUGAGCAUACCUGAAAAACUGCACGCUUACAGAUACGCUUUCUACGGGAUCACCCGUAGUUGAACCCGAUCCUGUCAGAUAAAUACUCACGUUACACUUACAAUGAUUGACGGGUUCAUAUUUUAUUUUUACCUGAUUUUGAAAGGAGAAGGCGAUAUAUGAACACAUCUAUUUGCCUUGGUGUUUAGCCUGAAACAACCCUUCACCCAUACCCUGAUAACUGCGAUCAUAAAAUGACAGCUUAUGUGGGUAAGGGUUAUUCAGGGCUAAUAGUGUGUGUUUGUAGUUUGGUUUGUGAAAUUUUUAUGAAACAAUUCUUGUGGAAUUCUUCAGACAGAUAAUACUCAUAGAUGAAAGAUCUUCAGUUUUUUUGCUUCUAUUAAUAAAGGAGGACGACCGGGCGUGCUCGCGUGAACAGUUCGCUUUUUUAAAUUCCAGAUUGAUUUGAACUUGGCCUAAAAAUGUGAUGUAAUUAUAUCCCAUCCUCCAGUAAGUUCUUAGUCAUUAUUAGGUAUCACCUCGCAUGAUGCAGACAGACUUCUCUUCAGAGAUUCAAUCAAAUAAUAGCAUUUUCCGAAGUAUGAAAUCUGUAAUUGCAUUAAGUGGCUGUAGGUUUCGUUUAUGUCGAGUACUUUUCGUUUUCUUCCCCUCUACGUGAAGGCAUGCGUUGUCUAGAACUUUAUUUAUAGGCAACCGAGGCUAGUUUUUACAUCUCAGCUGGAGGUAUCAAUCUAUCUUUAGUCACGAACAAGUCUAGCCAUUCACUACACGAAAAAACGGGAAAAAGACAGAAGUAGUGGCACAGGAAUAUCAAUAUUUCCUUCCAAUUUUUUUUAUCUACUUUAGUAAGUUAUGCCUGCCCCUUCACUGUUCAACAAGUAUAAAGCGAUUGAAAACAGUUCAUUCUGCCAUGGCUUGACAGUGAAAGAACAAAUAAACAAAGUAAGCGGCAUUCAGAUGAUUCGUGUCUGAUAUAACGUUGAACUAUUAUUGUUUCAAGUAUUGAGUAUAUCCGGCUUCCAACAUGCAACCAUUCGCGUUUCUACCCGAGCUAACUUCAUGUCUACUUUGUUGUUUUCUAUGUUGCCUUGUCGUUAUCGUUUUGCUUCUCUAUUUGCACAUUACGUGUACUGGUUAAGUGUUUUUUAUUUCAGCAGAUGUUAUCAUUAUUUGAUCUUUUACUAGGCAGAUGAUUCUCGCAAUUCAAUCGGUCAAAGUUCAAAGUUAAUGCUUGUCUCUGCAGCGUGUGAACAAAAGCGAGCAGUGUUGGAGUUUGGUAGAUAAUCUAUGUGCCUUUUGUGUUUCAUUCACUCUUCAUCAAUCUAAAGGUUUUGAAUUUUAAAAAACUUCAUGGUUUCUACUUUUUCGUUCGACCUAAAGUCAUCGUUUAUAUGAUCAGCGUGCCUAAAAAGGUUAUCUCAGCUUCUGAUAUCAUGCCCUACCUAGAGUAAUAAGUUUAUCUUUCGAAAAAUCGCUCUAAACGAGAUAUAAAAAACACCCUGCUGUUUAAAAUUCUGCUCACGGUUUUCUGAGAUUCCCUUCAGCAUGCAACUUUCCUCAAAGAUUUCAGUGGCUUUAUUUUUCAACCGCCGCGUGAUGUAAAGUUUUCUUUUGCCUGAUGAUUGGUUUGAUUGACAUAAACACGUGGUUCGAAUCUUUGGGAAUCAGGAAUGUGCCUUGUUCAGCAAAAUGGACUGACACGUCCGUUGUGGAAUAGUUUUAAAAUGCUGAUCAAAUCUUGUCUUUUUUCAGACAGAAUGCGUCGGACAUGAGAACUAAACACACGAGCAUUAGAGGGAUUUUUAAGUUUUACGAAAGCUUAACCUCUCAAAGCCAUUUAAGGAAUGUCCCUGUCUUUUUUGACAUGUGGUUCAUUAGUUGUCCAAGUUCUGUGUACGUGACCGGCCCGACCACAGACUUGGAGAGAAAAUACUAUUUUUUUCGGCGCGGGUAAGGGGUUGUUUGGGCCGGGUGUUUGCCUUCAUCUUAAUGGCAUGCAUUGGCUUAUAAUUUUCAUGAUUUUUCUCCUUGUUUUAAACAACACGAUGAAUUUCAAUCCCUGUUUGAUUGUUUGAUUUGCUCUAAAUGAUAUAAAAGAAGAUGGCAUUUUCUCUGAUGCACAAUACAAAAUUACGUGUUGUACAAGUAAAUAUUCGGGACCUUAAGCAAACCACGAAGGCGGCGGCAACGAGGUCGUGGCAAAACAAGAGGUCUAAAGAACAUAACAAUAGCACAGCACGUGCGUUUUCAAACUUUGUACAUUUCUUAGCCUUCUUCAGCAAAACAACAACUUGAAUUCACAAGAAUUUGCGUAGCCCGACUGCAAGUUGUUAUGUAAGUUUCCAUUUGCUAUCGUAACUUAUGCUGAAACAGAGCUGUGGCGAAGUAAGAGACGAUAAACACAUUCAACCAUUCGCGAAAUUCAAACUUUAGUUACAAAUUUAUUUUUGAACCGACGUCUUCCUCAGCGUUACCGUCCAGACUUCCUUAGUGUAACACAACAUCGUGUUUAUCCCUCUUGUUAUUUAGGUAUUUUAGAUAUUACAAUUUAUCAGAACACACAGAUUUUGUUGUCUUGGUUCGUCGGCACCAGAUUCACCACCGAUCUAUCGUAAGUUUGAUACAACUUUACACUCGUGAAAUUUUCAAUGCUCUUUACUUCGAAUAAACUCUUUUAAAAAGAAUUUUUUUGUGGAAAGAGCUCCUUUGUAUUUUAGCGCCUGGGAAGGUUAUUCACAUAAUUUUUUUUCUUUAUAAAAUGGUCGAUAAGUCUGAAAAUAACGUUUAGUAAUAAGCAACAGCCAACAACGAUGGGUAAAUAUUUCUGUUAGUAAUAUGGGCACAACUCACUCCCUAAACAAAUAUUGCACAAAUCAGAAAUAGAAAGGCCAAAAUUUCGCAUCAGCAGCCCGUCUUUUCACUGUACCAUAAAUAUUUCUUAGAGUUAUUAGUUAUUCUCGAAUCAAUGUGGUAGCAUUUUCAUGACGAUUUCUGAAGCAAGCUAAUGAGGAAAAUUUAGAAAAUAACCUUAAACCUGGGGCAAGGAACAUGACAUCUGAGAAAUAUGAAUGAUGUGGGGCGAGCUAAAAUUGAAACAUGAUGAGAGGUCAAAAAAAAUGUGGAACUUACCUGUGUGUAGCUCAUGUAGUUCUGAGCACGUUUUCGUUCAAGAGUUGUUUUGUACGAGACUCUUGUCACAAGAAAAUACGCUGAUCCGGAUUUUUGUCGUCACAAAUGACGAAGUCAUCAAAUUCCGUUCAUACGUAAGUCUUCACUCAUGGGUGAUACCCCUCACAAGGGGUCGGGUGGAGAAGGGAGGUGCCUCUUUGAAAUUGAACAGGACAUUUAUUGAUCAACUAGGCAACAAGACGCGAGGUAGUUGUUUCGCACUGGUGAGAUAUUUGUGCCGAUAACAUUUGUUUUGAAACUUUUUGUUAGGGACCGAAACCAGGUCUAAAACACCACAAUAAAUCGUUCAGUUUUCUGUACUAAUGAUUGUUAGAGUUACAGAGUUAUGUUUCAAAUCAGUGAUUCUUUUAGACUGAGCACGUGCGCAGUCUCAAGAUGAUUUGUGAUUUCGUUCACGUGACGUAUAUUGCAUCGCGUGUCGAAGGGUUGGAAAUUUGCAACCCUGCUGCACGCAAUGAAAUCAUCAGGAAAUUAACCAAACCACGAUAUCGACAGGUGUGCAACACAAUAAACAAGUGGCUGAUGAAACACAUUUCCGAGCUAUGUUUUCAAGGAAAUUAAAAAAAAAGGCGGCCUGUGUCUUGUAGAUUCACCUAUGUACAGAUUGAUACGAUUUACGGUGGUUUCGCCCCAUUGCAAGUUAUCUUUUACCAUCUUUGGGAGAUUCCCCCAUAACGUAAAACAAGUUCGCCCUCUCUUAAACAGUUGGCCCCCAAAUCUUUCGACUCGUUUUCUUACCAGAGAACGUAUUCAUUUCCUGUUGAAAUCGUGACAUGUUUCGACCAACAUGACAUGACAUGACAUGACAUGUUUUGACCGACAUUUCACUUCACAGCGAAACCAGAGCAAAGUUCGAUCAACAUGCAAAUUCCUAACCGUGUUAACUGACGCAUGAUAAGAAACGAGUUGAAUGAUUUGGGAGCAAACCCGUUUGACGUUGGGGGAUAACUAGCCAGGGUGGUUCGGAGAGAACUUGUUAUGGGGCGAAACAUAUAGUUAUCAUUGACACUAGUUCGAUAAAUAUGUGGCGAAAGGUUGUGAUUGCCUUUAAGUCCAACCCUCUUUUUCGCUUUUUGUGUUUCUAUGUUCAGCAUGAAGGAGUUUGAGAUGCUAGGAGCUGAUACUUCAACGUGCUUUGAAACAAAAUUUGUCCAAGAAACAAAAUCGGUCUCUGAAUCACCGCCUUCAGUCUUAGAAACCAGCGGUCUUACCCCCACAGAGAAAAGACUACGAACUCUGAAGAAAAAACUGCAGCAAAUAGAAUCAAUAAAAGAAAAAAGAGAAAAGGGAGAGGUUUUGGAGACAACACAGGUUAGUUGUUCGUCGCCAGUUCACCAAAUGUUUCCAUACAAAGUGGAUUAUGGUGAAACUAAUUUCAGAUUAUAUACCAGUGAUUAUUAAUUGCCUGAAGAGGGGGGGGGGGGAAUGAGGGAAGAGAGGGAGGGGGAAAGAGGAAGAUUUUGGGUGAUCACAUGACAUUCAGGGUGAACGGAGAGGGGAUCAGUAGUCGCCAACAGAGUGUAAAAGGAGAAAUAUAGAAAAUUGACUGCCAAUGACGGGGAGACCAUAAAAAUAUUACAGAGCCUUACGGUGGAUCAGGCGAGCGACAAAUAACCAGCAUUUCCUUUGUGAGUUUGUUGGAGUCAGUUGUAUUUUAAGAACUCCUUGCGGCCGCCCUCUUUUAUGGCGUACUUUUCACGUCUGUUUUAAACACGAUUUCCAUUACUGUUUCAUUUUUUGUUUACAGCUCGACAAGAUCGCAAAAGAACAAGAAAUUCUUGACGAACUCAGAGAAAUUGAGUCGCUUUUGACAGGUAGCUAGUGAAACUCGCAUAGUUAUUCAUAGACUUUGAAUAAAUAUUUUAUUGAUUAUAAAUUGAAUAAUUCUAUCAAAUCGUACUCUUGACUCGUGGCUAAUAUUGUGGUUGAAAUGAGAAGCUGGGAAGCUCUGUUUUUGCUACGUUUUUUCGACUAGCGUGUUAUGCAUGAACUGAGAAUUUUUUUACUGAUCAUCACUUGAGGCCUUUUUACCCUACUACUCAUCGAGAGAUUUUUUCGUGGG